CGUCAGAGGCGAAGCUGCCGAAUGAAGGGAAGGCAGGGGAAUGAGGCUCUGGAGAGAAAGUGGCUGAUGUUUGCUUGCUUCACCUUACAGCUGCUCGAUCGUUUAAGAUGGCCAAGGACGUGUUCUUGCUGCGCUCGUCCCGGACUCCGGUGAUCAUCAAGCAGGAGCCCGACGACGACUCGGACGCCGACGAGCCCAAUUUGAAGAAGUCGGACGAUCCGCAGAUCAUCCACAGCGGGCAUUUCAUGGUGUCGUCUCCGCACCGCGAGCACCCUCCCAAGAAAGGCUACGAUUUCGACACCGUCAAUAAACAGACAUGUCAGACCUACUGCUUCGGAAAGUACAGCACGUCCCAUCUCUCCAUCGACGCAUCCCUGACCAAGCUGUUCGAGUGCAUGACUCUGGCGUACAGUGGAAAAUUGGUUUCGCCUAAAUGGAAAAAUUUCAAAGGAUUAAAACUUCUAUGGAGAGACAAAAUUCGACUAAACAAUGCCAUCUGGAGGGCGUGGUACAUGCAAUAUGUAGAAAAACGUGACAAUCCAGUUUGUCACUUUGUUACUCCCCUGGAUGGAACUAUCGAGUUUGAUGAACCUCGACGACCAGAAGCAGCUGUAACGGAAGGAAAAUUCUGGAAAAGAAGAAUUGAGAUUGUAAUAAGAGAAUAUCACAAAUGGCGCACAUACUUCAAGAAAAGGUUACAGAAGCACAAAGAUGAAGAUCUUUCAAGUUUGAUUAAACUUUCUGGAUUUGACGAUGGCUGCCCCGAAGCCUGUUAUAUUCCAUUUCAAGAUGAUGACUUGGCAGCAUGGCGUGCAAAAAGGAAAGGAAGUGAUACACCUGUCCCCAUGGAGGAGGACCAGCUUUUGGAUAUGGACAUGUUAAUGUCUGAAUUCUCUGACACACUUUUUUCAACUUUGUCCUCACACCAUCCAGUUGCCUGGCCCAACCCAAGAGAGAUUGCACAUGCAGGAAAUGCUGAUAUGAUUCAGCCUGGAUUGAUUCCACUACAGCCCAAUCUGGACUUCAUGGACACUUUUGAACCUUUCCAAGAUUUGUUUCCCUCGACCCGUUUCCCAUCUUUGGUUGGCAGCCAGUUCUCACCACCCACGCCAUCUGUACCUUCUGUCACUUCUCUAGGUGCCAGCAGUUCACCACCACAGGAAGCUAUCUUGCCAGCUAGCAAUCUAACUGGCACGAUGUCGUCAGUUAACAUUGAGGAGGAACUAAUUCCAUCUCCUGGUCCUCCUUCAGUGAUGGAUCAUGUUAAUACCAGCAAUGGCAAUAGUAGUUCAAAUUUCACGGCUUUUCCUCAGAGUCAAGAGUUUCGUCCACAGACAGCACUAAACAACCAGCAGACGUUUUUGCUACUGUUUCCAUCUGAUGAACUAACACCUCAGACUCCCCAAACCCAGCAACCAGAAACAGUCAAGUCUGAAGUGCCUUCCGACAUGUCUCUGAAUACCCAGUUGUUUGUAAGACCAGAGGAUCAGAAGUUUACUUUGCCUGCUUCACCACCACCACCAGCGAUUACUCAUACUGCCUCAUCUAUGUUUACACAAAUUCCUGCUGCUACUACAUUCACCCAAAAUCAGAAUCUUCAUCUUGCCACAAAACAACAAGGAGUGCCUUGUAAUGUUACUAUGCAGCCACCAAGUGUUUCUACACCUUUUGCUGUACCAAAAGCUGGCUCUUCUCCAGGGCUUGGAAAUAGGCCUCCUAAACAACUCCAGAAAUUUGGUCCUACAUUGAAGUCAGACCCAGUUCCCAUAGCACCUGCUCCUUCACCAAAUGCCUUCUUAGCCCAAUUUUUGGCAUCAGGUUCCAGUGCUGUUCUUGUGACUUCUAGCCCAUUAAAACAUGAAAGAGUACUGGCUUGUGCAGGUAGCCAGCCUAGUGUUGUUAUCACACCAGCUGCUAUUGCCACGGCCACAGGUGAUUUCCAUGGCAAUAUUUUAGUUGGCCCAGCACAACAACCAGGAGUAAUGAGUACGUCGCAGCAAACUUCAAAAUCUACAAAGUCAAACAUUUCGCAAUUGUUUGCAUCAAAUACAGCUUCGAGUGCAGUCCGGUUACAGUCCAAAGCUGAACAGGUCACUCCUACAACCUCUAAAAAACAAGCACCUUCACCCACGCCAACAGGCCGGGACCGACAGAAUUCAGGCCAAGGAUCUCCAGCGACUUCUGAGAGAAUCCCAAGCCCACAGUCCCCCAUAAACAAUUCCACAAAAGCUAAACAAGACCAACCAUUUAAGAGUCUGAGAAUGAACCACAUUUCAGCAGAACAGAAGAGGCGAUUUAACAUCAGAAUGGGUUUUGACACUCUUCACAGUUUAGUGACUACUUUAAAAUCCCAGUCUAAUAUAAAACCGAUGAGCAAUGCAGCAACACUACAGAAAACUGUGGAAUACAUAGCAAAACUACAACAGGAGAGGUCACAGAUGCAGGAUGAAGCAAAACGUCUCAGGGAAGAAAUUGAGGAGCUUAAUGCAUCAAUCAAUACCUGCCAUAAGCAGCUUCCCGCAACUGGUGUCCCAAUGACACAGCAACGAUUUGAUCAUAUGCAGGAAUUAUUUGAUGAGUACGUCAAAUCAAGAACACUUCAGAACUGGAAGUUCUGGAUUUUCAGCAUAAUUAUAAAGCCUUUAUUUGAUUCCUUCAAUGAUACAGUUGUGACUACAAGUUUAGAUGAUUUAUGCAAGACAACACUUUCAUGGUUGGAUCAGUACUGUUCCCUACCAGUUCUUCGACCAAUGGUACUGAGCACGCUCCGUAAACUUAGUACUACUACAUCCAUUUUAUCAGAUCCAUCAUUGAUGCCUGAACAAGCAACGCAAGCAGUAAACCGGAUCAGUAACAUCAGUGGAGAUUCAUAGCAUCAACUUGUGUUGCAGUGGCAUUUCCGAUGACAUGAGAGUCUCAUGGUUGGAGAUAACCGUCCUGGUAUAAAAGCAUAAGUAAUAUGCUAUUUUCCCUCUUUCUGUCUGUGACUUUUGCACUUUAAAGAAAAUGGAAAGCUGUGAUCUGGAUAUUUGAGCAACCUAAACUGAAUGGCUGGGUCUUAAAUGUUUGUCCUUCAGUAAGCCUUCUGAUUUUAAGGGUAAACCCAAUAAUUAACACCAAAUGAUUAGUUUGAAAGUUAUGGCAACCUGUAUCUAUGAAUAUCAGUGUCUGGAUGCCAUGUCUCUAGUUUGAUGCAUUUCAGUUCAUUUUUGGCUCAAGUAGUACUUGUUCAUUUCUGCUGUACUAGCAGCAUCAAUACAGUGCACAACCCCAUAAUGUUAACCCAGGGAUGGGAAGAGAGCAGAUUGAUGGUAUUAAGAUUGUUGCUAAUGUAUGCACGCUCCUUUUUGCAUUAUUCUUUGUGAAGCAUGAGCAUUUAUUAUUUACUCAAGGUAUUUCCUUUGCUCCAAAAUUUCUGUUUGCUUCCCAAGUUUGGAGUACAAUUAUUUAGUUUAUCUUCAAACCUGAAAGGUACAUUUCCUCUCAGUUGAUUUUGUUUUUUUUUAAAGAAACUAGCAUGUUUACCAGGACACAUCUUCCAAAAGAAAAAUCAGAAGGUUUAUCCCGAGUAAUUCAACAUUCUUGAUCAGUGCAUUUCUUUGAACAAGAAAAUAGUUAAACUCAGGUACACAUAAGCUGCAAGCUCUGUGCACAGCAAUAAAACAUUGUUGUUGGUGGCUUAUGAAAGCCUAAGUUAUACAGUCUGUAUGUUUUGUAAAUUGCUAUUAAAUCAAAAUGUAAUGAAUUUAACGCGAGUCACCUUAAAGGAAAUAUGUUUUUGAAUAUUUACGAUAAUCUUUCUUCAACUCUAAUGCCUCAAUACAACCCUUUGAUUACUCCUCCAACUCCUUCCUGAGGAAACUGCAGACUUUGUUAAAAGAACCAAAGAAAAUACUUAAGUGGUGGAAAAGCAAGUGUUUUUGCAUUUAAGCUAUGUUCUGGUUCACCAGUGAACAGGUAUAAAUAAUGUUAAACAGAUAAUGUGUUACUAGUAGAAAGGUGCUCAUUUUUCUCACAUCAGUGCAUAGAAUCCCCUUCAUUGUGUUAUUGGAAAAAAAAGCCAAAUCCAUUCAUUAGAAAAGUUUGAAUGUUCCUUGAGGAAAAUAAAAUCUUCAUUUUAAAGAAUAAGUUAUGUUUUUGUAAUGAUGUGGCAGAAACCUUAAUUGUGAUGUGGUUAUAUUGGAUUAGACAUUGGAAACAAAGUGGUGGUUACAUGCUCAAACUAGAUUAUGUAUGCAAUUUUGUGCAAAAUCUGAAACUUGAUUGGUGUACAUAAUUGUUUUAGGGUUUCUGAUCUUAUCUACACAUUUUCUAUUUAGAACCAUGAUGUAUUAAAGCUUCAUUUAUAUUUUAUUAAAUAAACUAGAAGCCAAUUCUUAUUUUCGACUUUCAUUUUGGUGGUCAUCUGAUUAAGACCAUGUAAACAUACAGUGGGGCAGUGUACACAAACAAAUUUCUUGCUUUUUAAAAAAAAAAGCUUCCCUGUGCACUCCAGAUGGUUUGUAUAAAUAAAUGUACCAAGUGCAAAAUUAAAGCCAUAAUCAGAUCAGCCAUGCUCUUAUUGAAAGGUGAAAGCAGACUGAAAAGACUGAAUGAACUACUCCUGCACCUAUUGUUGCUUAUUGUGGCAUUGAGUUCAUAGAUCAGGAAGAUCUCCGAGGUUGCAGAAGUGACAGAUAACUAACUAAUUAGUACAUUAGCCACAGUAGGCAUUAGAAAUCACGGGUUAGGAACAUGCCUAAAUGCCAUCAUUAUAUAGUGAGUAGGUUGAGUAAGGAUCAGAAUCGUUUGGUUCUGAUGUUACCACUGGCAUUCUGCGAGUAACAAAGUCUGAGGCCCAUACUUGGAUAAAGUGCCAAAGAGUUAACAGCACCUGAGGAACUCGAUCAAGUGCCUUUUAGAGGAAAUGAGAAUAUUAAAUUUGGUCAUGAAAUGUGGUACAGUGCUAGCUGAUGAACUGAACAUUAUUUAAACUUGGUUUCCUGUGCUAUUUAAAAAAAUUCAAUUUGGUCUAUUUCAUCUGUACUGGAUAUUGAAAGAGUUAUGCAAUUAGAUCCACUCCCCUACUCUUUCCAUUUAUCCCUACAAUAUUUCCCUUUCCAGUCCUGUUCCACUUUCUUUUAAAAUGUGCUAUUUAAAUCUGUUUCCAACCUUUCAGUAGUACAUCACAGUUUGCUCUGUAAAAAGAUCAACUUCACGUGCUGCUGGUUCUUUUGCUAAUUGCAUUAUAUGUUUGUGUCCUAGUUACCAAUAGAGCUGCUAUUGUAAACUUUUUUCUUUAUUUACUGUAUCAAAACCCUUUAUGGUUUUGAAAAUGACUGUCAACUUUCCCUUAAGACUGUCAACUUUCCCUUAACCUUGUAGAGCAGUCAGUAAUUACUGCCAUUUAUAUAUACAUCUUUGGAAUGUAGUAAAAUGACUGAGGAUGCCAAAUGUAAUGGAGCAUUACCAAACAGUAGGUUACAUAAGGAAAUAUUUAGAUAUAUUAAAAGGAGACAAAUAGUAGAAUUGAGAGAAAAUUCUAGAGGGAGCCAAAAUUAUGGCUUCCAAUUAUGCAGUAACAAAAAUCCAUGAUUUGCAAACGACUAGAAUUGGAAGAGCACCACCACAUAGCCCUAAUAUCUGUUCUCUCCAUUUAACCAAAUACAGGUAGACAACCCUUUAUCCGAAAUCUGAAAAGCUCCAAAAUCUGAAAGUUUCGUUGUGAAGUUUUUUUCUCAUGAACAAGGUUGUUUGGAGAGCAAACAGUUAACCCAACUCCACACCCACUCGAUGCAUGUCACUCAAAUGCGACGUUAGUGGGGGGGGGCCUUGGCCUGGCACUGGCAGGCCUCAAUUCAGUUUCAGGGCCAUUUUGCUCAGUGUGUCUGCUGUUUGGUAAGAUUUUUUAAAAAUUCACCAUCAAACUGUCACCUUUUCUGAAAUUCAAAAAAUUCUGAAUUCCGAAAACCAGUUGGUCCCAAGCAUUUUGGAUAAAGGAUUGUGCACCUGUACUUUCAGUCCCUGUUUAAUUCUGAUAGAUUUUCUCUGCAUCCUGUCCAAGACUUUGAUGUCUUUCCUAAUAUAUGGCAUUGGACAUAAUAUCAUUGUAGACCCUCGUAAACAUUUCGCACUUCGAAAAAAAAAUACUGUAGAUACUGUAAAUCAGAGAUUAAGAACAAAAAAUGUUGGCAGUAUUCAACAGAUUGUGUAGAACCUGUGGGAAAGAAGAAAAUUUAACCACCUGGGUCAAUGUUUUCCAUUUUGGGAAGAAGUCAUUAAAGGUGUUGCCAGUUUUAAGCAAGUAAUGAUCGAGAAGAUGUGGAGGAAAAAGCAAAAGGCACGGUCCUGUGAUGGGAAAAGGCAAGAGAGAUUAAAUAACUAGAUGGAAGGAUAAAUGGAGGUGGUAAUCGGAUAGAGAAACAAAAUGUGAGUCCGGAGGAAGUAUAAAUGGGCAUGACAAAAUCAUUACCUUAUUCUGCUGUCCAAAAAAUAGGCAGUGACUAUAAUCCAAAAUUGUUGAACCAAAGGUUCAUGUACUUUGCACCAUCAUUCCUGUUGUCAUUUAUUCUCUCUUGCCUUCCAUUCAAUCACAGGCCUUCCCUUCUAUUUUACCUCCCUCCCCCAUCUCUCUUGCUUAAAACCUGCACCUACCUAUUUCUACAGAUUUUCUUUUCACAGAUACUGCUUGACUAACGCAAUAUUUCCAGCUUUUUCUUUUUAUUCUUUGCUUUUGUGUUCUUUACCGCUAUUUGUAAAGACAGUGAUUUUUCAUGUCGUUCCAAAUGGUCUCAACUUCCGCAGCCACCUUCAAAGAUAUGUGUACCUACAUCCAGUCUGGCCCUUUUGCUCCGGUACCCAUUGUUCAGUUUAGUUAUUGCCUCUGCGCACUUUUCCCACCAUUACAUACUUCAUUGCACUAAAUUUAAUCUGCCAUGUGUCUGCCCAUUUCAUCAGUCUGUCAAUAUCCUCUUUAAGUCCUACUACCCUCUUUGUUGUCUGCAUUUCCGAGUUUCAUGUCCUCGUCUUGUACACCCAAGUCCAAGUUAUUACUAGUCCCAACACUGACUCCACUCCACACUUUCUUCUGGUCCAGAAAAAAACCUGCGUACCACUGCUUUCAUGUAAGUACUGCCCCUUCUAAGGAUGACUUUUUCAAAAAACUUUCAUAGAUUUAUCAGUGGAGGCAGAAGCCACAAAACUGCAGCCUUUAGAAAAUUCAUCGAAUUCUAUAAUAUUCAACAAACAAGCUUGUCAUAAAUUGAAGGUGACUGUUGGUGAUGUGAGUAUUUGUUUCAUUAGUAUAAGUAAGUGACAUUUCUAUCAAAGCUACUGUAAUACUUUAUGAAGAAAGCACCUUUAAGGAAAACAAAAUGUCUUGCUCUUUAUGGCAGAUUCCAGCCAUUCUCCUACUCUGGAAAAGAACCCGUCAGAAAUCAUAUAUACAGAAGUUGAAACAUCCCACUUUGGUGUUAAAUUAGAUGUUCUUAUGAGUUUAAGUGCCUGCCAUCUGUUUUUACAUCUGUACAAGACUUCUAAAAUUAAAUUAUGGUGUUACAUAGACUGUUGUUACAGCAAAGAUACGUCAGUAUUUCUAUUCCAACACUCCUGAUAUCCAACCCUGCCCUGUAUUCUCAGUACCAAUGGAAUGUAGGACUGAACAAUAAUGGGAAUGGAUUGCUGCUUGUUAAUUAGGUUCAAAUAAGUUGGUUGGGAAGGAGGUAGGGAUAUGUAAUAUUACAUUUAGUAAAUUAAGUUGGUAUUAAAUAAAAGAUUGGAGUUUGGUUUCCUACUUCACCAUCUGUCUUCAGGAUGGAGUAACAUGGUUUGUCAGAAACUAAGGAAAUUUUGAUUUGGUUAGAAAAUUGUAAUCGGAGUUACGUUCGUGAAAAAAGGGCUGAAAGCAUAUAUGAAUUGUAAGAACAUGAUUACCCACCGAUGUUCUCUGAAUGACUACAAGAUAUGGUCAGACUUCAAAAGUCUGUCUUUCAGAAUGUAUUGUGGACUUUAACAGAUAGUAAAACAGAAUGUGCAAAUUCAAUUUGGAGAUUGUUGAUUUAAUAUUUGCAUUUAAAUUGUUGGAUUGUGCUAAAAUCUCUCACACAGGUUCCUGGUCUUAACUGUUGCUUUUUAAAUAAAAAUCUGUGGAUGCAGUCAUUUCUAGCAGCUCUGAUGAUGCAAAAGGGACUUUCUGCAAUGUCCACAAAGGAUGAUUGUGACGUUUGGAGAUCAGUCAGAUAUGAGGCAUAAGUGUCAGUACAUCAGAAGUGGUACAAGUAAAAGGACUAGAAACAAAGAUGUUUUCUUUCUUUUUUUAAAACUGACCUGUCAGACAAUGGAAUUGGAGUAGCAGUAUCAGAUUCAUAAUCUCCAGGAAUACCCAGGAUUCAGUUAACAGGUACUGAAGGUGUGACUCAAAAUAUCAUUGUGGAAUGGAAUACCAAAAACAGAAUAGCAGAGUUUUCGAAGUAAAACAUGACACACCAACUUUGGAAGUUGAGAUGAUGGUGAUCAGUCUGAAGGAAUUGCUCUUCAGAGGAAGUUUUAGCCCAGUAAAUAGUGUAUUAGUUGCAGAACUAUUGUGCUGUGUUAGAUAGUGUUACGCUGUUGGAUGGAACAUAUUGAUUAAACAUGCUUAGGAUUGAAGUAAAGGCAAAGAUUAUGAAAGUUCUAUUUGUUUCAGUUUCGGAGAUGACAAAACAUUGAAGUCACUGAAAAGGAUAAUUAUUUCAGAAAACAUUGCUGAAGUUAGCCAUUGUAUGAGUAGGGAUGUAUUCUACAGUAAGUUACCUUACUGCUGAGCAAGGCUUGCCUGAAAAAAAUAGGUGAAAGUGGACAUAGCAGAUGCUGGAGACAGGAAGAUCGAUGUUUUGGGAAAAAGCCCUUCAUCAGGAAUGAUGAUGAAGGGCUUUUACCUGAAACAUUGAUUUUCCUGCUCCUCGGAUGCUGCCUGACCUGCUGUGCUUUUUCUAGCACCAGACCCUUGCCUGAAAAAAUCUCAAGUGAAACCAAAAUAUGGAACACGAUAAAACAAUUUUUUUGGCGAAUCAGUAAAUCUGGGACUUAUCCAAUCUGGGCUUUAUUGCAUCUCUGAAACACAGCCUGAUAUUUCUAAUCAGAAUUUUAGAUCAACGUUAAUAGCGUCAGGUUAUUAAAAAGUUGCAAGAAAAAUCAAGUUGAUUUAAAGUUACACACACCAUUUAUUCAUCCUUGUUAGAGUCAAACUCCUGCUUAAGGAUGUGAAUGUGAUUGAAAGUGAGUGUUGCAAGCUUGUUGAAGAAGUUAAUGAAAAAUGUAACUUCUAAAGAAUAUCUGAAGGCACAGCAAUUUUCCAUUGCGAGUCUUUGGUUCUCACACAUAUUAAUGAAAUAGAAGCCAUGGAUUUAAAGAUGUUGGACAAAAACAUUAAUAUUUUAUGUUUUGAAGGUGUCGCAGGUUGAUCUGCUCUAUUCACAGUAAUGCGUGGUCAAUACAAAAGGGAGAUAUAAUCCUGGUAAAAUGAAUUGGGACUUUAUUGGAAACAUUGUCUAAGUUUCUGACUGUCGAAGGGGACAAUUUAGUAAUGGUAAGAGACAUACACAAAUAUCAAACUUCUGAUCUUUCAACAGUGAACUCUGAAAGAAAUCAGAUAAUGGUCAGGGAGAUACACCAAUGUACUUUAGCUGAUGAACUAAAUGGCAAGUUAAGAACUGCUUUGAUGUUGACAGUCCAUGUGGAAUAUUUGUGUCACAUGCUGACAGCUGUUGUCCUCAUCAAUUGAUCUGUGAGAGGAGUCCCAAAAUAACUUCUAUAUUGCUAGAAAGAAGAGAUGACAAUCAGUUCAUCUUUCCUGUGCGCUUGAAUACUUUACAUGCAGGAGGAAGGAUACGCAGCAAAGUGAAAGUCUUUGAGAAGGUUUGUGAGCUGUAAAGCAUCUUACAAGGCUGUCCAAGAUAAACUUUAAUCCUGGAGAUUUUGUAUACUUAAGAGGGUCAUAGAGAGUGGAAAGAUGCAGUGAAAGUGGAAGGGUGUGGUUUCUGAAAGUGAUUCUUCAAUGUGGUAGUCAAAUUAUUAAGGUGCAUUUCAUCCUGGUUAACAAGGCUGAUUACAAACAGCCAUAAAUCUGAGCAAUUAAUAGAAAGCAAUGGUUAGGUAGUAAUUACACAUGCCUAUUUUACAGUUAUGAGGAACAGUUCAGUAGAUCAGGGUCCAGAUUACAUUAGACAGAAUGAUGCAGAUACACAAAACUGGACCGUCAUGUGCAACUAUUCAGACUGGAUACUUGAGGAAUGUACAUACCUGAAUGGAAAGUUGCAGCGAUUGUAGCAAGAGAAAGCUAUCGGCAAGUUCAUAUACUGGCUAAAUAUGCUAGAAGAUGGAUAAGAGGUAAGAUCAAUGGAUUGGCAAAAUGUGGUGAAACAAUGGAAAGCAAGAAACCGGGUACAAAUUCUCAAAGUGGAACCAGAAUGACUUACAUAAGGAAACUAUUGUGUAAUGGCAUUAUAGAGGGAGAGUGCCUCUAGUGUAUGUUCAGAAAGCCAUAGAAGGGUAAAUAGAGAUUGUAGCUUGACUAGAAUAGAACUAGAGCUACAGAACAUGUGGGAAUACUACUAAAACUAGAAGCUUGGACAGAGUGUUGUCAGGAGAAAUGCCAGACGGGAUCACAAGCCUCAUCCAUAGAUGAAUAUGUAUGGAAAAUGUCCUUCCAAAUUGGACAUUUAAGAUUAAAACAAGUCUGGUGGCUCAGGAUUUUAAAGAGGCAGUGAUCAAGAUGUUCAAGGGCUCUGCACCACAUCAGGAAAAGUGACCUUGAAUAUUUUAUUAGCUAUUUUUGUCAUGUGUUUAUGGAAAAGUAUGUUGAUUGACAUACAGAUGCACUUCUGAAAGGACAAAUAUUUCAUAGGGAAUUGUUUUUGAAAUCAACUGAAGAGGUGGGAGGUAUAAAAUGGAAGCUGUGGAAAUCACACAAAUGCAUUUAUGGAUUGAAUUUAAAUUUGUCUUACUAAAGCAGAUCCAGCAAUGUGCCACAGAUAAACUUUCAGACAUGUUUAAUGUCAAUAAAUGGCAAUAAGUUUCUGAGUGGUUCUGUGGUAUUUGAGCAAUUAUUAUAGCUAUGUUUAAAGUCAAUUUUAACAUUGGAAAUCAGGCUUUGGGAAACUUUAUAGGUUUAGACAUUAAGCAGAAUAAGUUGGAAUUAACCUUGAGACAACAGCCUUAAGCUUAUUUGCAUCUUGAUAAAUUCUGCUGGGUCAUCACAGAAAGGUGGCUUUGUAUCUAAAGAAGAAAAUUGUUAGCUUGUUUGCACAGUUCAGUUGGCUGUGCAGCCAGUUUUGAUGUGUUGGAACUAAGUAAUAUAAUGAAAUACACUAUAAUUGAGGAUGUUUUAAGGGCAAUUAGAAGAGUUAAAAAUUAAAUAUGGAGAAAUGCGUACUCCAGUUUCCAUUAUUGGGGUGCCCAAAGGACAUGAAAUCUCACGCUAUCUUCCAGGUGAUUUUUGUAUAUGCAGCUGAGUUUAUAACUGAUAGGUGAAAAUAGAAAAUAUUAUUUCUUGGUGUGGGAAAGUAAGAAAAUAAAGAGUAGCUUCACUGGGAAGCACUGACUCUUGUAGAAGCAAGAGAUAUGGAGUUCUACUUAUCAAACAGUUUAAGGGAAAUACAGUACAAGGGAUAUUGAGAAUUGCUUAUCCAUUGACUAUUAUAUAGAUGAUCAAAAAUGUAUACUCAGCAAAAAGUGUGAUUGAUCUUAUUGGUGAAAGUGAGAUGCUGGAAAGAAUCUCCAGAUAACACUGGUGAACAGUUAUUGGAUUCUUCACAAAGAAAUGCUGAUUGAAAAGAGACUGUUGUCAGUCCUAGAAGAGGGGCAUCUUUUAUUAUGGAAUGUGUAUGGAAUUUGUUUUUCGGGAAUAUUGUUUAUUUUCUAUGUUUUGCUUUCAAGAAAACAGCUAUGACUAAAUUGAAGAGAAUCUGGUAAUGGUAUAUUCAUUUUAUGAUUGAGUUUAAGGUUACACAGUUGAAGGGCAUUAAUUAAGUACCUUGAGCACAUUGAGACUUCUGAGAUACUGGUGUUGAUUAGAGAGGAUUUAAAUGUAAUGUAAUGUUCUAUAAAUAAGUUUAAAAUGAAGUAAAAGAUUGGUGUUUGGUUUCCUACUUUAGAAUGAAUUAGCAUCUUGCGUUUUGAGUUCUAGUUUUGGUCACUUUUACACAUGAAAGCAUAUUCUCCAGAUUUUACUCUGUUAAAACCUUCCAUAAUUUCAAAGACCCUUUAUAAAGUCAACCCUUUGCCUUCUCUCUAAAAGAAGAAAGAGUUGCAGGCUGUUCAGCCUUUCCUGCUAGGUAAAUUCUCUUCAUUUUGUUGUAAUGCUUGUUUUUUUUUGCACCUUCUCUGGUGGCUGUACCUGUUUUAGAAUAUGGAGACUAGAACUGUGCGCAGUAAUUUAAGUGAAGUCUAUCAAAUGGAUGAUAAAAAUUGGGCAUGUUUUGCUGCUUUUCACCUCUUCUUCCUAGAAAUAAACUUAUGAUGUAUCUUUUUACCUUAUCUCCACUUCUAGUGAUCUGCAAACCCCAGGUCCAUUUUGUUCUGUUACCCUAUUUAUACUCUUAUUAUUCAAGCAGUUCAUUAUCUCUUUAUUCUUCCUCCCAAAAUGUACCUAUCCAUAUUCAUGUCUUCAUGUAAACACUGGAAUGAUUUUCACAAAUUUAUAUUUAAAUUGUUUCUUCUAAUGGUUUGUAUUAAAAUAUUAGGAAUCUCUUGUUUUUCUACUUGUUAUUGUGCACUGAUUACUUUUGUGGCAUUUCCCCAUUUUUUUUCCAGAGCAAUAAAAUGAGUACUUGCCAGAUGAAUUAAAUGAAUGUUCUAUUUUCCAGGAAAUAUGAGGCAUUUGUGGUCGUACAACUGAAAACUGUGGGGUAGGAAAGAAAUUUAGACUGAUUGGUGUAGCCAGAUCAGAGUGGAUGUUAGUCCUGGAUAUUGAAAAGGCAAAGCAAGAAAUAAAGCUGAUAGACUAUGGGGGAUAAACAAUGUGGUAUAAAUCCAUGUGCAGAAUACUUGUUAUUUUAUGUGCAGGUGUAAGUCUUUAUGUAUUUCUCCAUUAGUGUACGCUGUUUAGUGUGAUACAUUUUCAAUAUCCCAUGAUCUUUUGCCUUACUAAGUGAGCAAAGCCUUAGAAUGUAUGGUUUUGGUUCAGUCAGUUAAAAUGAUAUUAAGUAUUAAUUAUCGCCCUUACAACUUUUAAAGAAUCUUGACACGAUGGCUACGAGAAGUCUUUGAAUCCUUCAAACUGCUGUUCUCAACUGUAUCUUGUGCAACAUUGAAUGUAUUUUUUAUAAUAAAUACUUUAAAGAACA